CGAGCGAGCGCCUAAUAACUUUGCCGUUGUCGCAGCGCCGCGUUUCGCAAACGAGAGGGCAGCGGAGAAAAACAUUAAGCCACAGAGCACCUGUCUGCAGCAGCGAAAUGAGCAAGACUGACAUUGAAAGCGAAAGUGAAAAAAGUGCAGGCUGGACGUCUUGGCUGCGACCGAGUCGCAUCCCGGCGCGAGGUGUGCUAGGGAUUCUCAGUUUCUUCGGCUUCUUCACCAAUUACAUGCUCAGGGUGAAUCUCAACAUCGCAAUUGUGUCGAUGACGGCCGCGCCUACUAACGCCUCUUGGUCGCAAAACAAGACGUUGGUGCUGAGCGAGUGCCUCGCGAAUUCGAGUAAACACUCGUCGCUCGCCGAUUCCCAGGAGGAUGAGGCGGAAUUUGACUGGGACACGCGGCAGCAAGGUCUGGUCCUCGGCUCCUUCUACUGGAGCUACAUUGUGAUCAUGGUGCCCGGCGGAAUGGUGGCCGAAAAGUACGGCGGCAAAUUGGUGUACGGCGGCGGCAACCUUUUGCUCUGCCUCAUGGCCCUGGCCAUCCCCGUCGCAGCCAGAAUGCACAUUUCCGCCCUCAUUUUGGUCAGGCUCAUUCAAGGACUCGCGGCAGGAGUAACUUGGCCGGCAAUGCAUGUUAUGGCAAGUCAGUGGUUUCCUCCCCACGAACGAAGUAAAUUUGUAUCAACUUAUAUGGGCAAUUCUGUAGGUAUCGCGGUGACUUAUCCACUGUGCGGAGUCCUAAUCGACGCGUUUGGCUGGGAGUCGGCGUUUUACGUGCCAGGCGUUUUGUGCCUCUUCUGGUGCGUGUGGUGGUGGUUUUGCGCGUUCGAUUCGCCCGCGUCCCACCCUCGAAUCACCAAAGAAGAACUCACUUAUCUUGAUAGAAACGUCGUUAUUUCAAAAAGAAAACUGAAACUUCCGCUAAAAUGUAUUCUGACGUCAAUUCCGUUUUGGGCUUUGGUCGUGGCCAACGUGGGCACGAUUUGGGCUUUCAUGACCAUCAUCACCUACGGCCCUACCUAUCUAAAAAUGGUGCACGGACUCAGCAUCAGAGAAAACGGUUUGCUCUCUGGUUUACCGAACUUGAGCAGGUUCCUAGGGUCAUUGUUCUUCUCGUGGGUUAUUGACUCCAUGAUCACGUCAAAGAAAAUGACAAUAACGUUUGCCAGAAAACUUGCAACAGUCAUUGCUCAGGGCAUCCCUGCAGGUCUGUUCUUCCUAAUGGGCAAUAUGGGCUGCAAUGCAAACAUGGAAGUGGCUGUUCUGACAAUUGCGUCUAUGAUUUCGGGAAGCGCCUCGUCAGGCACUCUUGUCAACAGCGUCGAUCUCGCUCCCAACUUCUCAGGAUCACUGCUGGGUCUGAUCAGUAUAAUCGGCAUGAGCAGUGGGUUUGUGGUGCCCCUGGUCGUUGGCAUGAUCAUCAGGGAGAACCAAUCGAUGGCGCAGUGGAGGUUUGUGUUCAUCAUUUCGGCGGUGCUCAACGUGUUCACCAUGAUCAUAUUCGCGAUUUUCGGCAGCGGCGACGUGCAGUCGUGGAACGAGCCCGACGUUCUCAAGGCGCAGAAAAAGAACCGCAAGAUUUUAAAAGUAGCGAACGAAAACGACUCGAGUGCCGCCGAGCCUCUGAAGCAGAGCGGUGUGGCCUAGUUUAGUAAAUUAUAUCGAAAAAUGGAAAUAAA